AGUACAUCGUUCGCAUGCGCAGUGCUCACCUCAGUAGCAUGUGGAUGUUUUCAUUGGAGAACGCGUGUGUGGGGUGACUUUGUGCUGUUCAUACAUACAACAUGGCAAAAACAGACGCUACCAGACGAAGAAAAAGAGAGAGCAAAGUUGUAGAAGAGGACAUCGCCCACACUGUUGUUUCAGAGGAGCAGACUGAGAUUGCCUCUUCAAGGUCAGAGGAAGACAGUACCACCAAGAGCACAGACGUGGACAUGACACAGGUGGAGGAGCACCAAGAUAAGCAAGACGAACAGUCGCUGAUCGUCUCUCCAGCUGAUGCAGCCAGUUCCACUGAGGGAGCUCUGAGCCAGACCACAGAGACAAAGAUGAAAAAGAAGAUUAAAAAAUGUGGAGUUAAACAAGUAAAUGGGAAGCAAAAGGCAGGCCCUGCAGUUAAAAAUCCCCCAUCAAAGAAAACAAAGGUCAACAAUGAUGGUUUUUGUCUUUUCGUUGGCAACCUGAACAGCGCUAAAACAUAUAAAGAAGUCAAUGAGUCACUAGAAAAAUACUUCAUGUCACAAUGUCUUCUGUUUCAAGAUAUCCGAUUAGACCGAUCCAGGAAACGUGCAGUUGUACAUUUGGCCUCAGAAAUGGACUUGACUAAAGCGUUGGCAUUAAAUGGCGAGAUGCUCCUUGAUAAGCCAAUGAAAAUCACUGAAGCAAAGAUCAAAAGUGAGGAUAAACUGAAUGUGAAAGCACCCUCACCGGACAAAAAAGUAAACGGUAAAAGGAAGGCAGAGCCUGUCACUGAGAAUUCCCCAUCAAAGAAAACAAAGGUCAUCAAUGAUGGAUUUUGUCUUUUCAUUGGUAACCUGAACACCUCUAAAAAAUCAGAAGAAGUCAAAGAGUCAUUAGAAAAAUACUUGAUGUCACAAAGUCUCCUGUUUCAAGACAUCCGAUUAGACCGAUCCAGGAAACAUGCAUUUGUAAAUGUACUCUCAGAAAUGGACUUGACUAAAGCUUUGGCGCUAAAUGGAGAGAUGCUGCUUGAUAAACCAAUGAAGAUCGCCAAAGCAAAGAUCAAAAGUGAGGACCAAGUGAAGGUGAAAUCUCCUCAACUGAAAAAACAAGCCAAAGAUGCCAGAUGUUUGUUUGUAAAGAACUUGCCUUACAAAGCAACAAAACAAGACAUUCUGAAGAUCUUCCACAAGGCCAUCACCGUCCGGUUUCCUGGUGGAACUGAAGGCCCGAGCCAAGGAAUUGCCUUUGUGGAGUUCAAAAAUACAUCCAUCACCCAGAAGGUGUGGAAGCAGAAACAAGGAGCUAAGUUCCAAAACAGGGUUUUGCUUGUUGACCGCGUAGGAGAAGCAAAUGUUUGUAGAGUCACUAAAGCUGAUGUUGAACGCAACAUCAGAAAAGAUAAAAAGGCCUUGCAGUCAUCUCAAAAUAUCAAGGCCAGCAAAAAAGAAGCCACAGCACAAUCAUGCGAAAAGCCAGAGAAAGCAAACGUUCUGUCAAAAACACUCAUCGUCAUGGGCCUCACUGAGAAGACAAGUGCAGAGACACUUAAAAGUGCCUUUGAAGAUGCCGUCAGUGCGAGAGUCAUUGCGAAAAAGAGAGAAGUUUCAAACAGGUUUGGCUUUGUGAACUUUGGCAGCGAAGAGAGUUGCAAAGCUGCCAAAGAAGCCAUGGAGGACUGCGAGAUAGAUGGCCGCAAAGUGACCAUCGCUUAUGCACAUCCCAAGGGUAAAAGAAGCCGGCAAGCCCAAGAUGGCUUGGAGGGGGACCCCGCUGGACAGUCUGUAGGUCAGGGAGCUGGCAAAGGAGGAGGAAAGUUGACAGGAAAAGGACGUGGAGGUGGGACAUCGCAGGAUGCUGAAGUGAAGCAGGAAAACUAACUCUCCAUAUAUACAAGACUUUUUUUUUUCUCUUGAUGUAAUCUGAAACCUGUGGUUGGUGUACAAUUGUCAAUACUUGUACAUUUGACAGCUUUAAAUUUAGCUGUCAUAUUUUGUACUUUAAACCAUGCAGUUUCCUAAGUAUAUUAAAACCUAUUUUCAGCCUGCCGUUUCAUGUGAAAAGUUUAAGAUUUGAUGAGAUGAUGACGUUUUAAAAUGUGAAUAAAACAUUUAUUUAGAAA